AUGACAUCAAAUACGGAAAUAAUGACAAUGAAUAAUACGACAAAUAACAGCAAUACAACGAAUUCGACGGAUAAUAAAAGUAAUAAUGAGAGUUACUCAAGUCUACAAUCAAAAUUUGCAGUACAUGUUCGACAUGACAAACGUAAAAAAUUCUUUACAAGAGCAACCAGUGCUAAAAUUACUGUUAAAGAAUUUUUUGAUUUUAUUAAAACAGCUUAUCAAGUAAACGAAUCAUUAGAACAAAUUAUAUCGGAUGUAGUAAAUAAUGAGAAUGGUGAUAUCAAUGAUAAUUCAAAUGAAAAUGAAUGUCAAACAUCAACGACAAACACCAAUGAAAAUCAACAAAUUGAAUCAACAACAAAUCAAAAUAACAAAAUUAGAUCAAGACAAUCACAAUUAUCUGUUCUUAAAGCUAGUGACUCAAUAACAUCUCAACAAAUAACAGCUUCAACACCAACAGCUGCAGCAUCAUCAUCGGUAGCAUCAUUUCAAACAACAAAUCAAAAUCAACAAACUACUGAAGUUAAACAAUCAUCGAUAAAUAUGUUACAUGAUAUGAUGGAUGAAAUUAUAUGUGAAGGUAUUUUAGAUAAAGUUUUACCAUAUUUAACACCUACAGAUUUACAAUUAACAACAAUAAUACCAACAAUAAAUAAUAGUAAUAAUAAUGUAACACAACCGAUUAUUAAAAAACAACAAACAAUAAUGGGUACUACAACUAGCGGGGAUCAUAAAAAAAUUAUUAAACAUGGUACGAAAGAUUCCAAAAAUAAUCAACAAUCCACAUCGGGUCAUCAAUCAACAUCGAAAACAAGUUUAUCGAAAGGUAAUAAUGAUCAAUCAACAACUCAAACAGGUUCAAAUAAGAAAGAUGAUGGUAAUCAAAUAGCGUCUGCAAAUAAUAAUGGUGGUGGAAGUAAAUCCACACUUUCUGUCGUUGCUGAACCAGAAGUAGAGAUUCACGUUUGCGAUGAAGUAAAACAUUUAAAAAAAGAUUUCCGUUGUCCACAAUCAUUAUUAAUAUCAAAGAUGGGUUAUUUUGCUGAAAUUACAGCCGGACAACGUUUAGAAGAUAUUGAUAUUUCGGUACAUUGUGAUAUUGGUAUUUUUGAUUGGUUAAUGCGAUGGACUAAAAAAGAUUUAUUGCCACAAGAUCAAUGGCCACAAUUAGAAUCACAAUGUGUUGCACCAAUACUUGUAUCAGCUGUAUUCUUACAAAUGGAUCCAUUAAUUGAAGAUUGUCUCUUAUUUUGCCAUCAACAUAUGAAUGAAGUUUUAAAAACGAAUACAAAUUUAUCAUGUUUGAAUGAUGUUAUUAUUACCAGAUUAGCUGCAAUGUAUACAAAUACAGAAUUAGAAUUAAUAAAGGAUAAAAAAGAUAAAAUAAUAUCACGUUUAUAUUGUAAAUUAAUAUUAUCGUUAGGUGAGCCUGUUGCACAAUCAAUACGUGGUCAUUGGUCAACAUUAGCUGGCAUUUAUAAAUGUUCUAAAUGUUUAAAAUUAAUUAUUAAUUCAACCACUAAUAUUGCAUCAGAAAUACAAUGUAUACCAUCACAAAUGUAUGUAUCACUAAAUGGUAAUAUAAUAAAUCAACAUGAACGUGAUUUAAAUUGGAAUUUGAGUGAAUAUAUAAUACAUUUAUAUCAUGAAUUAAAAACAUGGCGUAAAGUAUAUUGGAGAUUAUGGAGUGUAUGCCAUUAUUUACGAUGCCAAACAUGUUUAACAUUGUUUCCUGUACAUCAAAUGUCAUGGUGUUGUUCGCACACAGAACAACCACAAUUCUUUAUUAUUGAAAAUCAACAACAGCAGACUACAAUACCAGUAGGACGUUAUGCAUGUUGUGGGGCACGCACCUAUCGUUUUGAAAUUUUAACUAAUACAUCACAAGGUUGCAUCUUUAAAGAACAUAUUCCAGAUGUUAAACAUCCUCGAGAUUCUGCAAUCUUACAAAUAUUUAAUCAACAUCGUCAUGUAAUCGAACAAUCACCGCCACAAAUAAUGAUCCCAGAACGUUUAACAAAAUUAGUUGCACGUGAUGCUACCAAUAAUGAUUGUAUGAAAUUAUUUAACAAUAAAGAAAUCUUAUGGUGGGAGGGCAUUGAAUUAGCACCGACUAGACAAAAAUUAGGUUUAUUAGGUAAAAUGUGUUUUGUUGGACGGACAACAUCUUCAAAACAUCAUCAAACAUCAAAUUAUCAACAAAAUGAUAAUGAUGAUACAUCAUCAGAAUAUUCAUCAUCUGAUGACGAUGAUGACGAUAACGAAUAUAAUCCAUACGAUGAUGAUUCCGAAAGUUUAACAAGUGAUGUGAACGGAGCAGGUGGUGCUGGCCGUGUUACAACAACUGCAGGAGCUGCUAUUGAUCAUAACAUCAAUGGUAGCUUAAUUGAUGAGAAUGAUAUGUCAUCAACAACAUCCAGUAAUGACGACGAUGAUGAUAAUGAUAACACGGAUAAUGAUCAACGGGUGCAAUCAGUGAAUAGAACAGAAUUAUCAUUAAAUAUAUUUAAUACAACUAAUACAAUGAAUAAAUCAAAUCGAUAUCAUGAUACAUCUAAGCGUGCUAAACGUAGACAUCGACGUCAUAAGCAUCAUCGAUCAUCACAUCACCAUGGACACCAUCAUCAUAGACAUGGACAACAUAAUCGUAAUAAAGAUAAUGGUAGUAAUGUUGGGCGAUAUUGGUCACCAACAUUAUCAGCUCGUUCCAAUCAAGAUUUACAACGUGAUUUUGAAGAGACUGCUAUGCAACAGAUCACUGAUUUCUUAUCACGACGUACAGCUGGUGUAACUAGUACUAUUCUUAAUAGUAAUAAUAAUAAUCCAAAUGGUAAUACAAAUAAUACGACAACUACAACAACAAAUACAAUGUGUUCAAGUAAUAAUGUAGGUGGUUUUGAUUUAACAACAUCAAAUAAAAAUAAUUAUUAUUCAGUAACAACGAAUAAUAAUAAUUUAAUACAACAAAAACAAUCAAUUAAUAAUAAAAUACAAUAUGCGAAUAUAUGGAAUCAUCAUAUUAUACCAACUGGCGGUAUUUACCAACGUUUGGAAGGUGAAUGGAAUGAAUUAUAUCGCCAACAAAGUCAACAAUCAUAUCAUCAGACAAAUAAACAUAAUAAAUCAUCAACAUCAUAUAUUGUUAAACCUAAAUUUAAAGUACAUCGUAAUAAUAAUAAUACGAAU